UACUGUUUGCAGGAUUAUCCCCUAAUAGAUCAUUGUUACGAUGUUGUGAUUGUGGGCGCGGGUGGUGCAGGGUUGAGAGCGGCUUUUGGCUUAGGGAGUAAGGGUUACCGCGUGGCAGUGGUCACAAAAUUAUUUCCUACAAGAUCUCACACUGUCGCCGCUCAAGGUGGAGUAAAUGCCGCUAUUGAUGAGAAGGAGGAUAAUUGGCUUUACCAUAUGUAUGAUACCGUUAAAGGGUCUGACUGGCUAGGAGAUCAGGAUGCGAUACAUUUCCUAACAAGAGAAGCACCUCGAGCAGUUUAUGAACUCGAAAAUUAUGGUUGUCCCUUUAGCCGUACGGAUGAUGGAAAAAUCUAUCAACGUGCAUUUGGUGGACAAUCGUUAAAGUUUGGAAAAGGUGGUCAAGCUCACAGAACUUGUGCCGCCGCGGAUAGAACCGGUCACGCAAUACUACACACUUUAUAUGGGCAGAGCCUCCGUUACGACGUCCAUUAUUACGUCGAGUACUUUGCCCUCGAUCUUCUUAUGUUCGGACGAUGCUGCAAGGGAGUUUUAGCAUGGGAACUAGAAACCGGACUUCUGCAUCGCUUCAGGGCUCAUCAUACAGUAUUAGCUACAGGAGGAGCAGGAAGAUGUUACCUGUCCUGCACCGCGGCACAUGUAUGCACCGGAGAUGGUAUGGCGAUGGCCUCCAGAGCAGGAUUGCCCCUUGAAGAUAUGGAGUUCAUCCAGUUUCAUCCAACCGGAAUAUACGGCAGCGGCAUUUUGAUAACAGAAGGUAGCCGUGGAGAAGGCGGGAAGCUACUCAAUUCCGAAGGAGAAUUCUUCAUGGAACGAUACGCGCCAAACGCGAAAGACCUCGCGUCUCGCGAUAUCGUAUCCAGAGCAAUAACAAUGGAAAUAUUCGAAGGAAGAGGUGUAGGUCCGAAGAAAGACCAUGUAUUUUUGCAACUACAUCACUUGCCAACAGAAACAAUACGCACGCGACUACCAGGAAUUUCGCACUUAGCCUGGGUCUUCAGCGGCGUGAAUGUAGAAAAAGAACCGAUACCUAUCAUUCCCACAGUGCACUACAAUAUGGGCGGCAUACCCACGAACUGGCGAGCACAGGUUCUGACGCGAGAAAACGAGGAAGAUAGCGUCAUCGAAGGACUCUGGGCAGCAGGUGAAACCGCGUGCGUGUCUGUCCAUGGGGCCAAUCGGUUAGGCGCCAAUAGCCUUCUGGAGUUAGUCGUUUUUGGCAAGGCAAUUUCCGAUCAGAUCGACUGCAUGACCAGGCCUGGAGAACGUCACGAGGACUUACCAUCCAUUGUUGGCGAGGAGUCUAUUUGCCGCUUUGACGCGACUCGUUAUGCAAAAGGUUGUAUUCCUAUCGCCGAGCUGAGAGAAGAGAUGCAGCAAACUAUGCACAAGUAUUGCUCGGUGUUCAGAACCUGCGAUGUAUUACAACGAGGAUGUCGUGAGAUGACGCGACUCUUUACCUGCGACUUGCCGGAUAUAUGUGUUCAAGAUCAAUCUUUAAUCUGGAACACAGAGCUGGUAGAAGCCAUAGAAUUACAAAACAUGAUGUUGGUUUGUAUGCACAUCGUUUACGCGGCCGAAAACAGAAAAGAGUCUCGAGGGUCUCAUGCUCGGGAUGAUUUCAAAGAACGAAUCGAUGAAUAUGACUACUCGAAACCGCUUGAAGGUCAGAAGAAACGAUCAUAUGCUGAGCAUUGGCGCAAACACACACUCACAUGGUCCCGACCAGAUGGAUCGAUCAGCAUUUCUUAUCGUCCUGUCAUCGACACGACUCUGGACGAAACAGAAGCUCGACAUGUUCCUCCAUCGAUUCGAGUAUAUUAAUACGAUCAUUAAAUCCCAUUACGAUUCUUCCCUUUCACCUUUUUCGCCUGAUUUUUUCUUUUUUUCUAAAUUAACAUGGCUAAUAAUAUUACUAAUAUUAUCAACAUUCUUUGUAUUGACAUGAUUGAUAAUACACAUAUGAGCCAUGUUUCUAUCUUGAAACCGCUAAAACAACGAACCUGCAAAUUUUGUUGUUUAUACAACUUUCGUCCACUGUGUCGAAUCGAUUACUGUAAUUAAUUCCAACCGGAGGCACGGACCUGUCUGUCACCUUAUUUUACAUAGUCAAUUAACGAAACGUAUCACUUAUCCUGCAGAGUGAAAGCCAUUCUUCGCACUGUUUACGACCACUAUCGGACAUUGUAACACGAUUAAAAUUUAGCUACCGUUACCCUCGAAUAUUUUCCUAAAGAGAAAUUAUUUCACAUCGAUAUUCGUAAAAUCGGAUGAUGAUUAUUUGAUAAGUAAAUAACAGAGUGAAAGAUAGCUAUUUACAUCGAUGUAUUCUAUUUUUCAUUCAGAAUUUAAUAUUCAAAGAACAUCUCCUUAAAUUAUAUUUUUCAGAAUUGUUCUGGAAGUAAUUACGUUUUAUUUCUUGACUAUUUACGAAAUAAAAAGCUGUGUUCGAUACAAAUGACUCUGAAUUUAGAAAACAAUGUUCAAUGAAUCUAAAGUGUAUGUUGUUUAAAAUUCUUAUUUUUCCAUAAAUAAAUAUAAGAUAAAAUGUUCGGAACAAUUAGAAAAACCAGAAUAUAACUGAUCAGAAACAACGAAGGAAAAGCUUAUCUGCAUGCAAAAGUUUAGUCGAAAACAUAUCAAAUAAUUUUAUUGUUUGAUUGUAUCGGAUAUAAGAUGUAAUAAUAAAAUAAAAUAAUAUAAAAGAAAG